UCACCACUCUGGCCAGAGUCAUGAGAGCCCAGGCUCUGCUGCCCAUCCUGCUCCUCUGCGUUCUGCUGCUGCAGGCAGGGGGAAGGCAACACAGCCAGAAGACGAACAAAAAGCAGCAACCCCCAGAAAUCAAGCAGUGUGAGAAAAGACCCAAAAUAUAUAUGUGCAAAAUCCCCUGCACAGCUGAUCGAGAAUGUCAAGCAAAUAAUAUAUGUUGUUCAACCUUCUGCGGGAACAUUUGCAUGAACGUCCUGUGAGUCAGAGAGCCUGGGGCCUUGCAUCUUGCCCCCCCACCCCCACCCCAGCCGUCUCCGCAGACACUGUGCCUGCGGCUGAAGAUAAGGACCUGACCCUGGAUACAGGAUGUCGACAGGAACGCCACCCUGUCCAGCCAGUAUCUGAACAACCUGUCCCUGUCAAAUAAACCAGAACGAAU